UUUAGGUCUGUCAGUAGCAAAGCGGCCGCCUCAUCAUAAGGAGCUGCUGGCUGACCAGCUAGGCCGGAAUCACUUAAGACGCGUUCCUUGUAAUAUAACCACCGCUACACGCGCCUUCCCCCCACCCUCCUCGGCCCCAAUCCCCGCAUCACACAUGCACGCGUACUUCUAUUCAGGUACAACACACAUGAGCACACCAGUGGCAUCUCAGUCAAUACGAACUUUAUGGACACCAGACAGUGCAUUCUUGGACUUAUGAGUACACGUGUGGAUGUGUGUGUGUGUAUGUGUGCAUGUGUGGAAAAUAUUAAAUAAUAAAACAAUUCUAUCAUCACAACAUUGUUUGUUACAACUAACUAUAUUUCGCUACAAUAAUUCAUUAAAGUGGUACUAUUGCUAACUAUUUUAAUUAGAAAUCUCUCGGCAUAUCCAAGGAUUAUUUACUUUUAUUGUGCAUAACAUUAAGAUUGACGAAUGACGCCCUAACGGAGCACCGGCUGGUACGCGGGUACCGGGUCGAAAGAGAAACCAGCAUUUUUGUCAUCGCCACAUCAAACAAAUAAAAAAAACUUUAGCAACGAAAAUCGAGACGAGGGAGCAAGGGGCAUUUAGCCCUUUGGUGCACUCGAAGGAUGCAGCUCCCAAGCGGGAGCACGAGAAGUCCUCCAGCGCGAGCUCCUUUUCCUGCGACGGCAUUUGGUAUUAUUGACGGACACAAGAUCGGCAAUAAACAUCAAUUACAGGGCGUGAAAAGUUGCUCGAGCUCAAGUUGUCGGGAAGGUAGCAAAAAUAAUAGCAACGGGAGUGACAACGGUCCCGACCACCAUUCGGUACAUUUGAUUAAUAACAAACGUAAUCUAAGAAAGCAUUAUCCACUGAGAAUCUGUGAUCGACAGCCAUUGGCGUCGACUUUAAGGUGGACAGAGCGGAGUGGGGAAUAGUAAAUAGAACCCAAGUAGAAAAGUGGUGGGUUUAAAAGAGAAGGUGACUAUAAAAAAAUACGAUAAAAUCAGAUGGAGAGGUCACAAUAAUGAAAUAAAAGUAAUUAAAAAAUAAAAUAAUUAGUGUGUGUAAAAAGAAAGUGUAAUUUAAAGAGGAAAUUCUAAGAACAGUUGGAGAAAAUAGCAGUUGUAGCGGUGAACUCAGUAGAAAGAAUUAAACUGUUGAUGUCAAUUUUGUUUUCGUUGUGUUGUGAAUACCGACUAGUAAAUAAAAUUUGGUUACAAGACUUUUAAGCAAAAUUAUUGAAAUCGCCAAAAAAAAAAAAAAAAAAAAAAAAAAAACAACUUCUAUAGCUAAGCAAGCAAAGAAGAAGAAGCAGCCGAAAUAGAAGGCGCGACAUUGGGGAAGGAAAAAGCAUCGUACACCGCAAAGAGGGGAGAACAGCUUCUAGAAGGAGUGUGGUAGGCGAAGUAGAAGGGAUCGUAUUGGAAUAUAGAAAGAGCGUAGAGAGCCACGAGUCAAACUAUUCGAGUAAGAAGGGGUGGGGUGACAAGGUGCCCUGGCGGGGAGGGGUCGUGGAGGCCUUCGGGGGGCCGACCAACCAGACGGCCGAUGAUGUCAUCGGAGGAGGAGACCGACUGUUUCGCCCUCUACGGAGCAACUGCGGAUAGUAAGCAACAGCAACUUUUGAAGAAGCAAAAGCGAACCAGACAGCGCGUGGACGCCGGCGAGCCGCGCAACAGCUACUCGAGCAUUCCUAACUUUAGUUCGCGGCCAUCCUUUCUUGGUGGUGGGAUAUACGGUGCGAUAUUUAGUGGAAGUGGGCCACCACCAAAUCAUCAACAACAACAGCAACAACAACAACUGCAAUCACAACCUGGAGCAGUGGGUACCCAAGGUCAUCUCGUUUCAACAACGGGACCAACUACACAGCAUUCAGCCCACGCGGCAUUUGGAUUUUUCGGGGCUCCAGGCUUCGGCCCUGCCAAGAUGCUAAACGAGCUUCUUGGAAGACAAGUGAAACAAGCCAGUGACGCUGGCGGAUCACCACCUGAAGGCAGCCAUGGAAUGACUGGAGCUGGUAUGGACCAAACUGCUAAUUUACAAUCUGGUGCUGUCGUAAAUUGUGAUGAUCCCGCGACUGCAGCUGAGCUCACGCAACACAUGUUACGUGACAUAUUACAAGGACGCAAACUUUCUGCUCUUGGAGUACAAGAGCAAUCUAAUAAUAACAAUAGUAUACACAAUAAUAAUAACAAUAAUAAUAACAAUAAUAAUAACAAUAAUACUACAACAGAGUUACUCAAAUCUCAGCAACAUCAACAGCAAAGUCCACAACAACAACAACAUCAAAAUAGUGAUAGUGUACGGACGAUAAGUGGGGCAGUGCAGAGUGGAGGGGAAGAAAGUGUUGACGGGAAUAAUAUAAAUACAAAUCAUAGUGACCGAGAUACUGUUAUGCCUGGAGAUGCGGAGGAUAGUACCGAAGAUGCUGCUUCUGCGGCACGUGCUAUGGAAGAAGCAUUUGCUGAGGCUGGCAUGGAGCCAGGUGCCAAUCUCGAUGGAUCGGAUUGUGAACAAAGCUUACCUCCAAGUCCAACAGUAACACGUCCUGGGUCAGUAUUAAUCAAAGAAGAAAUUUCAGAUACAAUAAGUUUAAGGAGAAGUCGUUCAGCAAGUCACUCUCCGUGUCCAAUUGUUCCUAAGUCUGAAAUAAGUUCACCAUCGACUGAAAUAAAACGCGCGCGUGUUGAAAAUAUAGUCAGUACCAUGCGAAGUAGUCCAGCACUUCAACCAGUUAAUGGUUGUAAAAAAAGAAAACUUUACCAACCACAACAACAGACAGUUCAUCAUGUUCUACAGCAUAGUGUUAAUGAUAACAUGAUUGAUGUGGAUGAUGACGAUAGUGAGGAAGAAGAAGAUCCUUCAACAAUAAAGCAGAAACGCGAAGAGAAGGACCACUUGAAAAUUCAGUUAAAACUUCUACAUGAACAGUUAGAAGUUAUGCAGCGAAAGUACAACGAGCUAUCGAGUCGGAUGGAACCUGAGAGUAGUGAGAAUAGUGAACAACCAGCGAGUCCGCAGAAUCCACCACAACAGCCACCUCCGCGGCCACAAAGACCUCACCCACCACCUUUUAACGGUCUCUCGUCACUGCCACCUGAUCAUCCUCAUGCAACUGCAGCAGCUAUGUAUCACAUGGGCCAAAAACUUUAUUUUGAGCAACAACAUGCUGCUUUAGAGAGGAUGAAACAACAUCAAGAAGUCGCUGCUAGACAACAGCAACAGGCACAGAGAGAGCGUGAACAACGUGAUCAGCAUCAACAACAACAAACGCCACCACCACCUAGCCAGGGACGAGAAUCAAGUCAAAGAAAUACGGGACCGUCAACGCCUCAAACAUCUCAAAUGCAAGCUCCUGUUACACCUCAUCAGCACAAGGAUUUUCCAGAAAGACUGAACGUGUUUAGAAAUAACGCACACUUAACAAGCUCUACCGGAGCUAUUGUUACCGAUACUGACCUUGAAGGCCUUGCAGACUUAUUAAAAACUGAGAUGUCUUCGACAUUAGGUAAUGUUGUGGAUGCAGUACUAACUAAAUUUAUACAACAAAGAAGGUUUCUUGGUAAAUCAAUAGAAGCGGCACAAGCUGCAGCUGAACAACUCAGUAAAGAUUUACUUCAUGGGAGUCAAUUACUAGAGAGGAAGUCUUCACCGAGAACAAAAGUUGUAGACAGAGGAGCAUCUCAGAUACCUAGUGGCCCAAACGGACCACGGGGGUCGCUGAGUGGUGGCCCCCCAAUUUCGCAACCGACAACUUUUCCACAAAUCGGUUCAAUGAGUGGACCUCAUGGUCCAUUGUCAGGCCCAACGGAAAAUAAUCUCAAUCAAAUCAAUCAAUUACCUCCUCUUGCGAGACCAAAUGCUCCAAUAUUCCAAACACCUAAACCACCAACGAUAUAUGCCAUGUCAUCUAUGCAAGUGCAACAGCAACAACAACAACGAGAGCAACAACAAAGAGAACAACAGCGUGAACAAUACUGCAAUAUGAGAAGUGAUGACAGAGAAGCAAGAGAUAUUGAACAAAAUGAAGCUCUAUCUCUUGUUAUGACGCCAAAAAAGAAAAGGCAUAAGGUUACUGACACAAGAAUCACACCAAGAACUGUUUCAAGAAUAUUGGCUCAAGAAGGCAGUGGGUCUCAAAGUGGCAAUGAAAGUCCACCACCUUUACCACCGCCAACACGCCAUGUUUAUGGGCACGGGGCACCUCCAAUGCUUCCAGUCUCUUUACCAACAAGUGUAGCUAUACCGAAUCCAAGCUUACAUGAAAGCCAGGUAUUCUCACCUUAUUCACCAUUCUUUAAUCCACACGCCAAUCAUCCUGGUCAAGUGCCACCCCCUGGACCUCAUCAUCUACCAGCGAGUCCACCAGGUGGUGGAGUUGAUCUUCGAGAUUCACCGCCACUUCCUCAUCCACCAGCGAUGCUUCAUCCUGCUCUUCUGGCCGCUGCUCAACAUGGCAGUCCAGAUUACGGUCAUUUAAGAAUGGAUAGCAAUGAUCGGGGUAGUGAUUGCAACUCUGGUGAUAUCAGCUACGAUGGAAUUCAACCUACAUCGUCGACAUUGACGCCGAUGCAUCUGAGGAAAGCCAAGCUGAUGUUUUUCUGGGUGAGAUAUCCGUCCUCGGCUGUCCUGAAAAUGUAUUUCCCGGACAUAAAAUUCAACAAAAACAACACUGCUCAACUGGUCAAGUGGUUCUCCAACUUCAGGGAAUUCUAUUACAUCCAAAUGGAGAAAUACGCAAGACAAGCAGUAUCAGAAGGAGUGAAAAGUGUUGAAGAUCUCAGAGUUAGCGGUGAUUCUGAAAUUUAUCGAGUUUUAAAUCUUCACUACAACCGCAACAACCACAUAGAGGUAUGGGGUCCUCAGGUACCUGGAAACUUUAGGUAUGUGGUGGAACAAACAUUGAAAGAGUUUUUUAAAGCAAUCCAAGGUGGUAAGGAUUCUGAACAAUCGUGGAAGAAAGCUAUCUACAAAGUAAUAUCGAGGCUCGAUGAUCCCGUACCUGAAUAUUUCAAAAGCCCGAAUUUUCUGGAACAGCUGGAGUGAAGCAGGCCUGCGCUGCGUUGCUCUGAUUGGUAGCCCGGUGACGAAAAAAAAUCAACUUAAAACCUCUUCUUAUAAACAGCUUGUCUACUACUAAGCGUGAGAGGUUUGCCAUCAAAAGUUGGUUACAGAUGUAUCAGGUAUCCUUAUAACAACAUAUCGUAAAAGGAGUAAACGUAAGAUAAUGAGAGUGUUGAAAAUACUCAUCAAAAUAAUAAAAACACAAGAGGAAAUAUCGGUAUAAGUACAUGUACUGGUAUUUAUUGGCAACUGAGCAAAUACAUUCCACGAAUGUCUAUAGCUGUCAACAAUGGGCAAAUCUACAAUAUAGAUAUAUAUAUAUAUAUAUAUAUAUAUAUAUAUAUAUAUAUAUAUAUAUAUAUAUAU